UCGAUACUGGGGAAACAUACCUAUCUCAUAAGACGUUGUCACUCAGAGGUCUUUCAGAGGAAAAACUUCGUCUCGAUGGGAUGGGGUCUUCUGGGUUAAUCCCUGGUCACCUUUGGGGUACUGGAGGAGUGCCGAAUCAGAGGAUGUGCCGUUAUAGGAAGGCAUGAAACCUUAUCGUCUCUGCUAUAUCUCCGACUUGAAGAAAUUCCAAAACCCAAUCCCUUCCCCAGAGUCAAACACUGUGGUCGGUGCAAGAUGUCACAAUGUCCAGCAUGCAACUGCAAUCCACAAUUAUCAUGCAGCGAUUCUGCUUACUCGACCACAGGCAACACAAUGGGGAUCCUGACAUUCGUCUACGCCGUGCUCGCAACUGCCUGGAUCUAUCUAUCGCGCAUUCGCUCCGCUGACGUCGAGCAGCGCAAGCUGAUGGACACGGCGUACGCCAAUUACGUGCGCUGGAAGCUGAUGAUCAACGAGUACGAGGACGUACUCAAGGCUGGGGGUGAUAUCAAUGGUGACUUCAAAAUCCUGUUGCAGCACCGCUUUGAUACUGGAGGAUCGGCGAUGCGACGCUUGGACAUGGCAUUAAACUACGAUCCGGACAGCGGUGUAGCGACGCGGGUUCGCCAGCGAGGCAAGUUUGCCAUAACGCAAAGAGAACUGCACGAAUUGCUAGAGGCUGCAACUCAAGCCACAGAGGACGUCAGUGUGCUGCUGGACGGCAUCACACAAGAGCAAAUGCACCGAGACUUGAAACUCCAGCAUGCCCUUUUGCAGCAGAUUGCACAGAAGGUGGGCGUGAGCGAAGAAGCGACUGCAGAAAUGAGGCAGCUUGUCGAAGACGCACCCGAGGGCGCGCCUGUCGCAGCAUUACUGCCUACACGUAUAGAACAAGCGUCUUCCAGUUACAGCUCCACCGAGAAGGCUGAAAUCCUACACAAAGCUGAUGUCUAAGACAUUCCGACCUCUGGGAUGCCGAAUGAACAGCGCAAAAUCAUGACAUUUGCCAGGGACCUCUUCACGGCAGUACCUGCAUUUGCUUAUACGCUAUCAUUAAGGUGUAAACCCACCAGUAUAGGGAAAGUACUAAUAACGAGACAGCUCAAGCUCAUGCCUU